AUGGAGGCUAAAUUGCGCGAGGCUACGAAUAACGAACCUUGGGGUCUUAAUGUUGGAGAUUGCCCUGGCAACUUACAACUAGCAAGUUCCAGUUGCUUGUCGUUGACUUGUGGUAGACGAGAGCAAUGGUGUCGAAACGCACUGGAUCAGAUCGUGUUGUUGAUGACGUUCGCGCUCAUAUGGGAUUAUGCAUACAUCGAUGAAAAAGGCAAAGAUCAAGAAAUUAAUGGUAUCUGUGGGCCAGUGUACACCCCGACUUAA